ACCCGAAUAAACAUUCACCCAACCCAUCCCCGAAUUUCGCAUCUCUCUCUCUAACAAAGGGCAUCUCAUCGUAGCUCAGACGGAGCCGAUUCGCCGGCAGCCGCUGCCGUUCACCUCCUACAGAUAUACAUAUCCUCGUUUUGAAUUUUCUCCGACUUUUUCUAUUUAUCGACACUCGAUAUCGAGCUUCUCUAAUUUUUAUGGCUUCCGAUGACGAAGAUGCGAGUCUCGUUCAUUUCCUCGAAUCCGAAGUCCUAUCUGGGCUCUCCGAAAUGGAAGAGGAAGAAAGAGACAUGAAGAGACCGCGUGCUGAGGAGGGGCAACUAAGUGAACAAGAAGAGAAGGAGCAGCAGGAAGCCAAGAAAAUAAGAAUCGAUGAGGGUGAAAUUAGUGAUGAAGAACUUUCAAGGGUGCUACGGUCAUCGUCCUCAUCAUCACUGUCAUCUGUUGAGCUGGAAGCUGAAGUAAAAACUGCAUCUUCACCUCCAAAAGGAAGUGAGACUGUCAUAUCUGGCAAUAGCAGUCGUGGGAGGCAUGUCAUGGAAAGCAAACCUCCCCCUAAGAGGAUUGAGACUGGGAUUUUCAGCCACAUCCCUCCUGAGUUGCUGUAUCACAUCCUCAAAUUUCUUUCUUCUGAGGAUCUUGUGUCUUGCACGUUGGUUUGUAGGUUCAUGAGUUUUGCUGCUUCAGACGAGUCACUGUGGCGUCGCUUAUAUUGUAUGCGGUGGGGUCUGCUGCCUCCGAAAAAGCCACGAGAAUGUGCGUGGAAGAACCUUUACAUCAAGCGUGAUGAAGAAGACAUGGCAGAGUUUGUGCGAAGCUGCCCUACUGAAUUCAAAGAAUAUUACAUCCAAAUGCAGGUGGCCAAGAGAAGCCAAGCACCUAAUCGUUCUCAGGUGAAUGAUGACCGUAUAAUUCUUGAUAAGACUCUUGCUGAUCAAGUGUCCAUUUGGAAGAGUAGCAGAGGCCUAACUGAAACAGCAGUACCCAAUCAUGCUUGCUCCGGAGAAAACUGCACUUACUAUCAAAUCGGAGAUGUAUUUGUGUGUGAGAAGACUGGGAAUGUUCAUGUCUGUGAUGAUACAUGUAAAGAUGUUAUUAUGGAUCCUACAAAUGAACUCUUGGUCUGCACCAUCUCUGGCCGAUGUUUUGAUCGAUUAAUCUCACCGGAUGAAAUGGAACCUGAUGUGGAACAACAGCAAGCCGCUGCUAACGAUGAAGCGGAGGAGCCUUUCAUGGGAUCUGGUCGUUUUGCUCGGGCAUAUUUACUUGGAUAUAACUGCGAUGAUGAGAAAGAGUUGGAGGCCGCAUUGAGGUUUUGCUGAUUUAGGUUCGUCUCUCAAUUCUAGCUUCUACAUGGUUUCGGAAUCGUUGAAAUAACAUGGUGAUGUAUUUAUAAGGGACACUUUAGCUGGUCACCUUCAAGUGUUUUCUUGUGAAGAAGAAGCUAUAUAUGUAUUUAAUGUAUCAGCCGAAAGAAUGGAUAUUCUCUCA